UUAUUAAAUCCUUGUGCAGUACAGUGCAGUUUCUAGCUUCACAUAUUUGAUCAUCGUUCGCCCCCUAGUGGACGCCAUUCAUCCAUGCUCUGGGGAGCGCGACGCAAACCGUUAUUCACAUUUCUGAGCAACACCAUAAAUACAAAUAAAAUAUGGUUAUUAUACUCAUUACUACGCACGACAAAAACGCAUAAUGUAUUUAAUACAAUGUUUCACAGCACUUCAGCUUUUAUAAUGUUCGUUGGACCAUAAUAUGUGAAAUGUGUAGAAAGAUCUCCGUCUCUUCUCCUGAGCCUGGUCACAUGCGCGCUCGGGAAUAAUGGCUGCACAGGAACCCUCACCACCAUCUUCAUUAGAAGUCAACAAACCUGGCUUCCCCAAGAAAAUACUCGCCAACAAGCUGGAGGACAAGCAUCUGUGCAAUAUCUGUCAGAAAAUCCUUAGGAGACCGUUUCAGGCGCAGUGCGGACAUCGUUUCUGUUCAUAUUGUUUUAAUAAAGCAGUGAGCUCCGGACCUCAGAAAUGCAGUGCCUGUAUAAAAGAAGACAUUUUUGAAGAGCCAACAUCAAUUUUAAAACAGGGCUGUGCUUUCCCUGAUAAUGCUGCCAAAAGAGAAGUUGAAGCUCUUGAAGCUGUUUGCAUCAACGAGGAAUGUAGUUGGACAGGCACCAUCAAAGAAUACGAGGCAAACCAUGAGGGAAAGUGUGACUUUAGGAUCCUUCCCUGCCCAUCAUGCAAAGAGCUUCUGAGAGCCAACGAACUUGAGCGUCACAACGAAAGAGAAUGCCCUGAAAGGAUUCUGAAUUGUAAAUACUGCAAGGAGCCUUUUCAUUUUAAAAAUAUUAAGGCCCAUGACGAGAUAUGCCCUAAAUACCCAAUGAUUUGUGAAGGCUGUGCCAAGAAAAAAAUCCCCAGAGAGAAAUAUGUGGACCACAUUAAACUGUGCACCAAAUUCAGAACACCCUGCAGAUUUCAUGUUGUAGGAUGCGACAUGAUGGUGGAAAAGGAGAAGAUCCACGACCAUGAGCAAGCCUGUUCCUACGAGCACUUGAACCUACUAUUGCACUUCAUCAUGGGCAUCAAGGUGAACUUGGAGAGUCUGCAGCCUCAGAGUCUGGAGUUGGCCAGCCACAAGAUCCAUGAACUGCAUCAGUCUCUGCGGGAGCUGGAGCUGAAGAUGGGCCAGCUGAGUGGAGUGGGGGCUCCCGUGCAGGGGGCUUGCGCACCGUUGCACCCACCACCAGCUCCAAAGCUCAGUACGUCUUUCACCCCCCUUCCUACUGCCGUUGGGGCAGCCUUAGAGCUGCAGCUGCACAGCGAGAAGACCAAAGUGGCAGAGCUCAGCCGUCGCUGUCAGGAGCUGGAGCUGAAGGUAAACACCUUCGAGAACAUCGUCUGCGUGCUGAACCGUGAGAUGGAGCACUCUGCCACUACGAUGGAGGCCUAUAACCGCCAGCACCGGCUUGACCAGGACAAGAUAGAGAUACUAAACAAUAAGGUACGGCAGUUGGAGAGGACGGUAGGCCUAAGGGAUCUCUCCAUCGUGGAGAUGGAGGCAAAGAUUAGGGAGAUGUCUGCUGCCACCUACGAUGGGGUCUUUGUCUGGAAGAUCUCCGACUUCUCAAAAAAGAGACAAGAUGCUGUAGCUGGACGGGCACCAGCUAUGUUUUCGCCUGCAUUUUAUACAAGCAAAUAUGGCUAUAAGAUGUGUUUGCGCAUCUAUCUGAAUGGGGAUGGGACAGGACGUGGUACUCACUUGUCUCUGUUCUUCGUGGUGAUGAGGGGACACAGUGAUGCCUUGCUCAAGUGGCCAUUCAACCAGAAGGUCACUCUCAUGUUACUGGAUCAGAACAACAGAGAGCACAUCAUUGAUGCCUUCCGACCGGAUAUCUCCUCUUCCUCCUUCCAGAGGCCUGUAAGCGACAUGAACAUUGCCAGCGGUUGCCCACUCUUCUGCCCUCUUUCCAAACUAGACUCCAAAAACUCCUACAUCCGAGAUGACACGAUCUUCAUCAAGGCCAUUGUUGACCUCACAGGCCUUUAAGGUGUAAGAUGUCGCUGCUCUACCAUCCUCCUUUCUCCAGCCUGUAGUGUUUCCUGUGCAGUACUUUUUUUCUGAGGCCUGUUCCCUCAGUCCGAGCUCUUUCUGUGCUUGUGUGAGCCAAAAGAGACUCCAGGACCCAGUGCAAUACUGCUUUUGGCUUGAUGCCACUCUGCAUUAUGUACCAAAAUUGUUCCUAGAGUUUGUGCAGAUCUAUUGUAGUAUAGUUGCCCUUUGGGAACUCUCCCUCUCUUGUAGUGGGAUAGCUGUCAGCCGUGAUUGUAACGUAACUACUUGCCUGUGCCACAGACGUGGCACCUUGCCUUUUAUAGAGAUUGAGAAGACUUUCCUCACAGACGCCAUUUCAUUUCCAAGCACUUGGCUUGUGUUGCAGUCACUGUUUGGGUACUUUUUCCUUUCUUAGUGUUCAAACUACUCGUAAGUGAAUGUUUUGUGCGUAGACGGACAUGGAGUCACACUUACGAAUGACGUUGAUGCAACUGCAUAAUUAACUUGCUUCAUAAUCUAUCAACUGUUACUCUAAGGAUGCGCAUCAAUAGUCUUCUGACAUUCCCUCUUAGCAUUGUGUGCCUCAAAUGUUUCAAAAGUCCUGUUCUCAUUGGUUUUCUGUAGUGGUGGACAUUGCUUGAAUUCCCUGGAGUCCAAAGCGCCGAAUUUGGGUUUUGACAGCUGCUUGUAAGUGAGGAGUUGUGUUUGAAGGUGUGAUGUGUUUUUGGCCUUCGUUUCCAUUUUUGGUGUUCUUUGAUGUAUUUGUUUGCAUGUUGGAUCUGUGGAAGAUACAUUCAAGUUAGCAACAGACCAGGUGUAAACCCUGAGCCUGAGAAGCAAAGGCAGUUUUAUAGUAAAUCGCUGAAAAACGAAAUCAUGCUGGUGUUCAUCCAGUUCUUUAAGACCUCUAAAUGCAUCGUCAGCCCAAUGUGGUUAUACAUGAACAAAAGAUGCAGCCUUUAGCAUAAAGGUAGUGAACGUAGGACAGAUAACCUCAUGUGCUUUAUUGUGAUGUGGAAAGGAUGAUGUUUAUUAGCAUUUUGAUGUUUUCCUGUGUUUUGGGUGUUCUGUUGAUAUUGUGCUGCUUUGGGCAAAUGUGUAACAGAUGCCAUUUAUAUGACUUGCUUUGGAUUAUGGCGAUCAGUAUAAACCAAGCAGGUGUUUGAGAACUCGUAGUCAGUGAUUCCUGCCGUCUUUAUCCCAGAAAGAAAUUUGCAUUCUGUAAAUGUGCUAGAAAAUGAGGAAUAUGAUUGUCAUACCAUUUUAAAAAUAUCCUCAGUCCUUGAUAGACAGUGCGAUGCAUCGGUGUCCAUGAGAUCAUUUAAUGAGAAGAUUUUGUUUAUUUGCAACCAGAGAAGGCAUUACUAAAAUGUAUACAAUGCAUAACUCCUACAUAAGGGCUUUUAGUAUACAGUACGUCUUCCAUGUGAGCUUUUCGGUCUGAUUAUUUUCUUAAAUGGAGCCUGAGACCCUUUUUAAGAUGCCUUCAUGCUAACAAAGCACCUGGACCCAGCCUAUUUUCAAACCAGUUCCCACGGAUAUCGAAACAUCUCUGUGCACGAGAUGUUUUGAUAGAGAAGAAAAACAGCAUAUUGUAAAUUAUUGGUUUACUUUGUAGACCAACAUUUUAUUUGUAUUGCUUCACAUUUUUUAUCUGUUGAUUGAGAUGCAGUAUAUGACAGUAAUAAUUGUGAGCGUGGUAUAUUAAGUAUAAAUAGAUGAACUAAACAGCGUACACAGUUUUUAUGUCUGGUAUAGCUGUGGAUAUAACACAUAUGAAUCAUAAAUAUAUAUAUAUUAGAGAUUUAUAUUGAUACUAUAUGUACUAUUUCCUGUUGGGAUGGUUUCAAAAUGUGUUUGGGCUCAUUUUGGACUUUGGUAAGUUCUCCUCCGCUUUCGCAGCAUCUUCUGAAGGAAUUCGAUUUUUAAAGAUCUUCCAGGUUUUUCUUUUUCUCAAGAACCUGUCUACAUUAAUAAAUCUCACCGUUGUAGAUUACCCAGCUUGCUUUUUGCCCCAAAGAGAUUUCAACAUAUUUGUGAAUAGUUCUACAGAUGUGACGUGCCUCUGUAGCAUAACUGUUCUCUGUACAUAGCUUUAGCUAACAUUGCAUGUGGCAAGGGUGUUUGUAUUGUAAUUCAUAUUAAAAAUAUUCUUUGAUGUUUGUUUUUUUUAAGUAGCUCUCACAUUGUAGUAGUACACACAUUUUAGCUUGUGCAGUUAUACAAGUGUCCUUCCCAUUCUUGAAUGUGAAAUCUACUUCUUGCAUUCAAUCUGUCUGGGUUUCAGAAUAUUCAUACACUAAAAAGGUGAAUAGGAAAUGCUUGACCUUACAUGGGUGAGAGUCCCUUUAUCUGUAAUAAGUUAUUUGACUCUUACUUUAGUUGUGUCAUUGGAUAACAUACACUCCACUAGAAAUAUGAUAAUUUUAAGUUUUUGCAUACAGUUGAGAUUAAAACUCACAGAAAAAAUACUUUGGAAUCCAGGACUGAAUUUUUCUUCUUCAGCUGACUAAUAUUUGUAUACUUUUUUUAUUUCCGAGGUUGCAUUUCAUAGAGGUUGCUUUAAUAAUCAAAAUUUGUACGCAAUGUUGUAGGCCUUUUCUGAUGGUGUUUCAGUGCCACUGAUCUUCCUGAUUCUGUUUUACAGAGCUAGAGAGAGUUAUGACACUGUGGGUUUCUUCUGCAAAUUCUGGUAGUCGAUGUGCCAAGGAAGUAACCUCUGUGUGAUUCAUUCUGUGUUAUGAUUUAACCCUCAAUGAAAUAAAAUAAAGUCAUUUCGUU